AUGCGAAAGUUGGAAUGGGACGACAUGGAAGUGAAGGUUGAUGUACUGCCGAAUAUGGGCGACCUUACCGUCAACGUUGGAGCGACGACUUUUAUGUGCAUUCUUUACGUUUCAUUAGGCACCCUAUCGAUAGUAUGUAAUUCUUUCAAUCUGUUAAUAUGGUUGUCAGACCAGCACCUGAGACAAAAGUACAUUUAUUUAAUGGCCUUAGAUGCUGGAGAACUUGUUAAUGGUAUCAGUUACGUACUUGUUGGAACUGGAAGAGGAACUGCGUUGAUUGGAGGCUAUCUAUCGCAACCUAUCACUGUUCGGGCCUGUUUUUUCGAUGUGGGCUGA